AUGGCAGAAGGCGGCUUCAGGUUUGAAACGCCUGAUGAUGUGCAUGCCACAUGUCACAGGGGCCUUUCCAGUAGUCACUCUCAAGUUCAGUGUGAAAAUGCCUCAUUAGAGACCUGUAAUGUGAUGAACUGCCUGGGGUAUGGACCGGAGAUCAGACAGGCGAGGAGAGACUCCCACAGGGAGUAUGAUAGGCUGAGAACUGCAUGUGGGCCUGGUGUAGCAACGGUUAUAACUACGGGUAGCAAGGCAGAGGGACUGUCAAACUUCUUUGAAAGUGAUAUGGAUGUACUGAUUGUAGAAGAAGGCGUAAUGUGUUUAGAAGAUGUUGUUAAUUCUGACACAUUACCAAGGGAGACUACUGUGUUUACUUUAAACACCAGCUUGUGCUACCACGGACACUCUAGGCUUUAUUUACUAGAGCGAGGUGGUACAAUAAAGUACCACGUCGUGCAUGUUGCUCUGUGUAAUGAUGAAAAUGGGAAUGUUCUCCUGAGCAGCGCUUCAUAUUUUGAUUUCUACAAUAAAAUGGGUUUACAUCAAGACGAGGUGCGGCAUGAGCGUGCAGGACCAUCAAGGCCGAGUUCAUUUGGACCAUUAGAUAAUGACUUGGUCUUUUCUUUACGCUGCCACUGUCCUGGCAUACUAUUGAAAUGGGCACAACGCAGUCGCUAUUGGCCACCACCGGAUGUCGUUCACAAAGUCGUAAAAAUGGGAGCAUUUAUGACACCUGUUGGUUUUAAGGGUAGCGAAUAUCAACAUGUUGAAUGGAGGAUUUGUUUUAAUACGGGGGAGAAUGAGCUUGUGAGCAGUCUUAAUAAUACCCUGGUGUACGUUUAUAUAAUAUUGAAAAUGGUGGUUAAGGAUGUUUUAAAGCCAGUUAAGAAAGAAAUUACAUCAUAUACAGUCAAAAACAUUGUCUUUUGGCUUGCUGAGAACAAUUCACAAGCACGGUUUGAUAAUAGCAGUUUGUUGUAUUGGCUUCGGGAAGGACUGGAACAACUUAAAACGGCAAUAUUAAAGAUCCAUCUUCCAUAUUAUAUGAUACCUGAAAGAAAUCUAAUGGCAGCUUGCGGACUGAAUGAAGAGCAAAAGCAAACAUGGAUACAAAUUAUAAAUGACAUGAUGAACGAAGGUCAGAAGAUAUUAUCGAGAUUGCCCAAGAUACGGAAGGCAAUAAUCUCGCACCCAGAGCCUCUGUUAUGGUAUAACAAGAAGAGAGUGGAGAUUGAACUGGUGAACCUGAUGUCCAGGAACAGAAUCGAACAGUGCAUGGACGAGAAAGGUGUGAUAAAUGAGUCGGAUCCUAUGCAUCAGGCACUAAGAAGACGUGUAAAUGAGAUAGUGAGAGAGGUCCGUCAGAGGAUGAUUGAAGAAGGAAGUCGGGUUGACGCUCUAAUGGAGAUAUAUACAAAGAUGAUGACGUAA